ACCUCUGUACCUGCUCUGCUCAGACCAUGGCUUUCUGAUACAGAGCUGCUUGGCUAGUCUCAGAAGCGCUGAGGGACCUGACAAGUCACCUCUUUGUGGUGGCCCUGGCAUGCGCAGAUUUGGGCAAAGAUCUGGGCUAUGGACGAAAUGGGCACAAGACAAAAAAAAAGACAACCUGAGAUAUUCCUAGAUACCUUGAUCUAUAUUACAAAAUAUCAGUUUAAUUGCCGGAUGUUAAAAACGAAAUCUUGACACAUGUCUAUGAUUUGUAGAAGACUGAUAGAGAUCACUUUGAUUGAUGUGUCUCCCAUAGUGCAGGACUUCACCCAAUCCGGUAGAACUCCCAAAGGGAAGACACUUCCAUGAUUGCCACUAGGUGGCGGUCUCUCUCUUGUAAGAAAACUGGUUGUGAUCCCGGUGCAAAGGAACUAGAUAUAUGUAGUAGCCCAUUUGUAGCCUUCACAAGUAUAAGAAGCUCAAGAAUGGAGAGAGGAAAUAAUGUUUAUACUUUAUACUAGAUAUAUAUAUAUAUAUAUAUAUUCUGUUCUGGAUGGCAGGUUGGAGACGGGUUGCUCCUUUACAGAGCUAUCACAGUUAAUAUAAUUUAAGAUGUGUUUGACACAGUAUGUUACAAAUCCAUCUCCUUUGAUCAGAUAUGUUUGCACAUCUUUCUUCCACGAACGCAUACAAGGGUAGGAGGCAAAGAGCUGACAUGAAAAUAAUGAGGAAUCGUCAGUAAUAUUGAUGUUUUUUUUUUCUUUUUCUGUGGAGCACUCGAGAAACGACUGCAACGGAAUACCUGAAUGCGGAGGUGACAUUAUAGGCGUUCUAGUAUGUGUGUUUAGGGAGUUUUAGCGCGAAUGUCCUGCAGUGAUAGUCAUGUACUUCUUGUUAACCGCAGUUAGAUGAUCCAAGCAUGCCGGCGCAUACGAUUUCGCGUCCCACCCCAGUUACACCCGAGGGAAGCAGACUAUGGCGGACCUGUCCAUUUCAGAACCGAGCGCAUCCAACACCGCAACAGAAACAAACUCGGCAAGUCUUCUAAGAGCAUCCGGUUGAAAGAGUCAGCGGGCCAGACAGCGGAUUUUGGGGACCAUCUUCUUCACCUUUUGCGUAAUCAACAUCAUCGAUGGCAUCACACUUGCAAAAUCCGGAUUUUCAAAGUUGUUUCUAUGGCAGGGCCUGUACUGAAGAUGAGCUGGGACCUCAGGCAGAUCCUCAUCGCUGUUUUCCUGCAGUCCAGAAGUCUGCAAGAGGGACUGCAGUAGCCGUGACCAUAGCUCUGGGAGUCGUACGGCAGGAAAACCAAAAAGCACUGACGCUAAUCAGGUGUGACAGGACCGUGCCUUCUGAGGGAUCAUGUCUCAGUCAGGCAAGGUCUACCACGUGUAUGUGGAGGUGCGAGACGGGGAAGUGCUAGACCCCUUGAUGCUCCAGAGGCCAGAUCUGCUCCCGGGGUCCCAGCGGACGUCGCCCACCUGGCCCACAGCCCCGCCAUGUCCCCGGGGUUGUCACACAGAGGCGGGGGCAGCACCCAGAGCCUGUCCUCAAACAAGUCCUCCUCCAGGCACUCCGUGAGCUUCCAGCUGGGCCGCGCGGAGGAGCAGUGCCACGGAGUGGGGCAUCACCGCCAGAGCCUGCCCUGCGACGGGUUCGGCCACCACCUGCUCUCCGGCCUGCAGACCGGCCACAACGGCAUCCUGAUGCGGGCGCGCUCCACGGAGAGCGAGCCUUUCUACGGACGGGAGAACCACAUCGCGGGGAGGUACACGGCACCGCCGACGCCCAGCGCGGGGCGCCGCUCGUACGGAGCGCCCGGCAGAGACGGGGAGGGCCGCAGGUCGGUGGUCACCUACAGCUACAUCGAGAAAGGGAACAUCCAGCCGGCGGUGGACAGCUCGCACAGCUCCCUGUGCCAAAGCGAGCCGGAGAACCCCUUCAACCGGGCCCUGGAGGAGGAGGAGGAGCGCGCGGCCAGCCUCAUGCGGAACAGGCUCAGCGACCCGGCCCGCUUCAGCAGCUGGGAGUCCCUGGGGAGCUCCAGUCCCCAACUCACGCCCUCACAGAGGCACUCACUGAACCUCCGGCGCGCCACCAUGGACUCCAUCGCCCGAGAGGCCACCUACCGCGCCCUGGAGGAGUUCGGCUCCCCGCAGAUAAGGCGCCGCUUGGAGGUGCAAAACCACCAGCCCCAGGACCAGUACCAGUACCAGGCCCAGCCCCGCUGUCGCUCCUGGGGUGGGUCUCCGGUUCUGCCUCGAGGCACCAGCACCCUACCCACCAACGCCCACCUCAUGGACUUGGAUGGGAACCACUCUGCCCACGGCCUGCCCAGAAGCCCGGCACUGAUCAGCUGUCCGCCCACGUCAGGCAGGCCUACUACACCAUGUCCCCCCCCAGCACACGGGCCCACACCCACGGAUCUCCAAACCAGCGGCCGUGGCACGGUGACGACAGUCCCAAGCUGCCACACAAAUACGGUCCUGCUCUGCCGUCGUGCAAACCGACCGCCAUUCAGCACGAGAUACCGGCCAUGACCGUCACUAAGGCUCCCGGUAACCCCGGUAACCACCAGAGGGUGAAUCACCACCUUGCCGACAGCCCUCGCCCCUCUCCCCGGGUCAACUUCAGCCUGGACGCCGCCUCCAAGGCCAAAGCGGACGAGGAG